AGUAGAGUAAAGAUAUCAGUUAAAUAUGGGUCCGGAAAUAGUUGUUACAUCUUGAGUAUUUGUUUUAAUACUAUUACAUCAACGUUACGAAAGCCGAGAUCCGAGUCGCUCACAAAAGUGCCUAUGAGAAUUACUAUUCCGUAGAAAGUAACUCCUAUUUAUAUCACGAUACAGACCGCUGUUGAUAACAGUUCGUAAAGUUACGCUGAAGAUCACACAUCAGAAUCAACAUGAAAUUGUUGUCCAUUGUAGUGAUUGUAGUGGUCGUUGAGGUGUUUGAGAUCGGGGCAUUGCACAGGAAUCCAUUCGAUGUGGUCAGAGGAUGUAAGCAGUACGACAACGUUGGAUCCUACGAUGCAUCUCUUACAUACUUCCCGACAACAAGUCUGCUCCACGUUGGCCAAACACAAAACUCCAAAUACUUUAAACUCGCAGUGCUAGGGUCGAAUGAUGGAAUUAUUCGGUUCGGAGAAUCCUUAUAUCCAUACGAUAAGUAUGUGAUAGAGAUUGUACUUGGAGGAUGGACAAAUACCAAAAGUGCUGGACGGCAACAGUAUCGUAAUGCAUCGAAUGCGAACAACAAUAACCAGUUAGUGCAAGUACAAACACCGAAUUUAUUGUCGCAGUUCCAACCGACCAUGUUCGUGCUGGAAGUGUUCAACAAUGGAACGGUACAGGUUAGCAUCGACGGACAAGAUCAUCCUUUCCUGUCGUUCAACGAUAGCCAGCGUAUUCCUGUUAAUUAUAUGACGUUCACCAAAUGGGACAAGGACUUGGUUUUGUUCUACGAUUGUCCUCUGAAGGAUGUAAACGCUUUUUACAAUUCGUUGCUUUUGAACUGUACUGUUGUCUAAUAAGAAGCAAACCAAGGGAUGUAAACAGCUGCAAAGCUAUGAUCUGAAAUCCAAUGAACGGCUAAUAUGAUACUAAAUAUAAGAGAAGCUAAGAAGAGGGCUGGCAAACCCUGUCCCUAAUGCAGUAGCACAAUAGCAACACAGAGGAAUAAAAUACAAAGUAAGAAAAAAAUUAAAGUAUUUUAGUAAAAAAAAUGUACAAAAUUAGUAACAAUCAGUUCCAAUUACAACGAUUCAAAUCUCCACAAGCAAACGCAAUUUGUGCGCCUGCAUAGUAUGCAACCGUAAUAACGAGCACGUCAUCCGCGCUUAUUUCUGGUUUCGUUAUCGCACUCACAAUUGUUUAUGUAAUCCUUAAAUAACACAACAAAAAAAAACAA